UUAGCCAGUAGCCAGGAGCAGCUCUUUGCCAUGGAGGCGAUGCAUUUGCUGGACAACUGGACAAAGGACCUUCAUGUGUCGCAGGGAGCCGUGGACAGCUCAGUGGACAUGGACCGCCUGAACAGGAACAUGCCCGAGGUUGGACGGCAAACUCACCAGGUGUUGCAGAGCACCCCGCUGGACCUGAUCGAGACCGGGAAGGGGCUGAAGUUCCAAGCAGAGCGCCCCCACCUGGUCAGCCUGGGCAGUGGGCGACUGAGCACCGCCAUCACCCUGCUGCCGCUGCCCGAGGGCCGCACCACUCUGGGUCAUGGUCCCAUGGACAUCAACAUCCAGGGCCCCGGGGUGGCAGCCCAGCACUGCUACGUGGAGAACCGGUCAGGGGUCAUCACGCUGCACCCCUGUGGGAACCUCUGCGCUGUUGACGGGCUUCAGGUCAAACAACCCACCCGUCUGUCACAAGGCUGUAUGCUGUGUUUUGGCCAAUCAGCCUUCUUUCGCUUCAACCACCCUGAGGAAGCCUUCAGGAUGAAGAGCAUGAUGCCCCAGGGAGGAGGAGUCUCCACCGGGGACUACAGACUGUGCACAGACACAGAGAGUUUGGUCAAUGGGAAUCACCAAGCCAGUCCAGCCCAGUCUCCCCCAGCUCCUGGAGAGAGAGUCCAGUCUGAGCACAGUGCCAUCGUCAGCUCCAUUGAGAAGGAUCUCCAGGAGAUCAUGGACUCAUUAGUCAUGGAUGACCCACAGCCUUCUUCUUCAGAGGCAAAAAAGCCUCCCGGAGGCCAGUCCAUCACCCACUCUCCGCUGUCACCCAUGGUCAAUGGAGGGGGCCGGUAUCUGCUGUCGCCUCCUACUAGUCCAGGGGCCAUGUCUGUGGGGUCCAGCUACGAGAACACAUCCCCUCCUUUCUCCCCACUCUCCUCCCCCUCAGCGGCGAGCAGUGGGAGCUUUACCAGCCCGUCUCCUAGUGGAGGACCCCAGGACCAGAGUUCUUCUCUGCCGCCAGUGCCUGUACGCUCCUCUAGCUACAACUUCACCACCCAGCCUCCGCCUGUACCCCAGCCACGGACCAUACUGCCUAACUUUAGCAGCAGUGGGGUGGGCCAGAAGGUUCAGGAAAGCCCCAGGCUGCCGAGGAAGGUCUUAACAGACACUCCUCCAAGUCCCAAGCCAAGCCGCAGAGGACUAGGCCAAGAUGGGUCUGAGAGCCCUCGACAGACCCCCCUUCUGUCCUCCACUGAGUCUCUCAGUAGUAGAAACGUUGUGCCAAGUAGCCCCAGACUCACUCCCAAAUUUCCUACCUGUCCAUCACCUUCGCCCUCCAGUCCCAGGACCAAGACUACCACGGUGCUCCAGGAAAGGCCUGCCAGCCCCUUUAGAGAGCAGACCAGUCUAGCUGAUCGCUCUCUUACUUCCAGCCCCUCUAGGCAACUUUCCCAACCCACCAGAGCCUUCCAGCCUCCACUGGACCCCAUCGUCCACAUCAUCCAAGGAUCGCCCCUCCAGCAGCAUCCACGUUCCCUGCAGCCCCCUGAAAGCCCUCGCAUGGCCAGGAGGAACAUGGAGCUGAACGGGGGCAGUGGAGGGAGCAGUAGUAUGCGAGAGCUCCCUCCUCUAAGUCCCUCUAUGACUCGGAGAGGGGUCCCAGUUCUCCCAGGGGCACUACCUGGAACAAUCCCCACAUUGAGGACUCCAGACAGCCCCUCUGGUCUGGGCAAGCUUGUCCCAGAGAGUCCCAGGCUUCGUCGGAAGACUGGAUCCACAUCAGAGGAGCCGAUGUGCAGCAGAGGGAUCCGAGCCCGCAGUCCAUCACCCACCUCCAUGAUGAUGGAGGGCAGUGGUGGUGGUGCUGCAGGAGUACGGAAGGCGAGCUUUGGGAAUUCCUUAUCGCCUGCUUACAGUCUGGGCUCCCUGCCUGGCUCAUCCCCUGUAGCCAGCCCCAGGACCCACAGGAAGAUGUCCACAGGGAGACCCCACCCUGGAAUGAGGGAGAGGAAGAACAGCAUCACAGAGAUCAGUGACAACGAGGACGAGCUGCUGGAGUACCACCGACGACAGAGAGAGGAGAGGCUUCGAGAGCAGGAGAUGGAGAGACUGGAACGACAGCGACUAGAGACCAUCCUAAACCUCUGUGCUGAAUACAACAAAGGAGAGAGCCCCGGCCUGGACCCUCUGGGCUCAGGGAGGACAGGUUUCCCCGGAGGUCUGUCCGAUGGCUCUGGGCGGAGACCGUCUAUGGAGAACGUCCUGGGAGGGAUGCCGUCCUCAACCUCGCUCCGCCUGGCACAGAGGCAGAGGGAGAGUGACGAGGAGAACCUGAAGGAGGAGUGUAGUAGUACAGAGAGCACUCAUCAGGAGGUGAGGGCAUCUCCUGCUCCCAGCACAGCAUCAGCACUGCACAAUGGAGACCGACAGCACGAGGACUCCUCCAGUUCAGGCAGCGCAGGCCGUUUGGAGCUGGGCUACCUGGAGGACGAGCGGGUUCGCGUUCUGGCUCGGAUUGAUGAGCUCAAAAACCGACUCACGGAACUGGAGCAACAACUUCAAGAGUCCAAACAAGAGGCGGAGAUGGAGCGUGCCUUGCUGCAGGGCGAGAGGCAGGCGGAGCUCGACCAGAUAGAGGCCGAAACGGACAUCAUCACUCAGCUGCAGCACAAGCUGGACGAGCUGGAGAGCGCCAUCCAAAGGGAGAAAGACAAGGAGAGGGCUAAUGUUGAGGCCGAGCGCCGGGCCCUGCAGAGCCUCCAGGAGGGCUACGCUGAGCUCAAGAACCAGCUUCAUAACUGUCCCGAGUCCCUGCGCGAACAGUUGCAGGAACAGCUCAAAAGGGAUGGAGAGGCGCUGGAAGCAGGAACUAAAAAGUUUGAGGACCUGGAGUUCCAGCAGCUGGAGAGAGAAAGCAGCCUGGAGGAGGAAAGAGAAACCAUCAGCCAGCAGCUGCUCCAGGAGAGAGCGGAGUACCACGGCAGCGUGGCCAAGAGGAAGGAGAAGGUGUCUGCUCUGGAGAACCAGGCCAGUCAGCUCGGCCUGCAGGCGUCUCAGGAGUGUGAGCGGCUGGCCAAAGACAGAACGCUCACGCUGCAAAUGCUCCAAAAGGAGAAGGAGAGGCUGUCGGCCCUGGAGAAGCGCUACCACAGCCUGACUGGAGGAAAGAGCUUCCCCAAGUCUUCCACUGCGAUGAGGGAGGUGUUCCGCUCUAAACUGGACAGUGAUCCAGGCCUUUCUUUCCAUCAGCCUAAAUCAGGCUCUGCGUCGCCCCUGCAGCACGGAGCAGCAACGCUGGGACGCAACACAAACUCCAAGAGCCCCCUGCUGUCAGUCGGCAGCACUGGAAGUCUGCCCAGGAACCUGGCUGCAACCCUGCAGGACAUCGAGACCAAGAGGCAGCUCGCUCUGCAGCAGAAAGAGCCCCUGACCUCCAGACAGAACACCACAGAGGGAAGCUCAGCAGGUCAGCAGGUGAUCGAGGAGCAGCGCCGUCGUCUGGCUGAGCUCAAACAGAGAGCAGCGGCUGAGGCUCAGUGCCAGUGGGAGGCACUCCACGGCUCUCAGCCCCACCUCAUGUCCUCGUCCUCCUCAUCGCCCUCCUACUCCCCCAUCAUGGCCUACAGCCCCGCGCUGAGCCACAGCUCUGUCGGCCCUCCUCCUCUGGUCCACCACUCCAUCCUGCACCACCAGCCGCCGUCAGCCGGAGAGCAGCCGUACGACACGCUGAGCCUGGAGAGCUCAGACAGCAUGGACACCAGCGUGUCCACCGGAAAUAACUCGGCCUGCUCACCUGAUAACAUGUCCAGUGUGGGAGGAGUGGACGCGCUGAAGAUCGAGGAGAUGGAGAAGAUGCUGAAGGAGGCGCAGCUGGAGAAAGCCAGACUUAUUGAAUCGCGGGAACGAGAGAGCCUGGCUCGCCGUCAGAUGCUGGAGGAGGAGAGGAGGAGGAGGGAGGAGGCAGAGAAAAGACUGCAGGAUGAAACUUUCCACCGGCAGCAGCUCGUGGAGAAGGAGGUCAAGAUGAGGUCCAAGAACUUCUCUCAGGCCCGUCCCAUGACUCGCUACCUGCCCAUCAGGAAGGAGGAGUUCGACCUGCGCUCACACGUGGAGUCAUCGGGCCACAGCGUGGAGACGUGCUACCACGUCAUCCUCACCGAGAAGAUGUGCAAGGGCUACCUGGUGAAGAUGGGAGGCAAGAUCAAGUCGUGGAAGAAACGCUGGUUCGUCUUCGACCGCCUCAAAAGGACCUUCUCCUACUAUGUUGACAAACAUGAGACCAAGCUGAAGGGUGUGAUCUACUUCCAGGCUAUAGAAGAGGUCUAUUACGAUCACCUGCGCAGUGCCACAAAGAGCCCCAACCCCUCCCUGACCUUCUGUGUAAAGACCCAUGACCGGCUCUACUACAUGGUGGCCCCUUCAGCGGAGGCCAUGAGGAUCUGGAUGGACGUGAUCGUCACAGGAGCAGAGGGAUACACACAGUUCAUGAACUAAGAGACACACUUAGAGUGCAGGUGAUGAGCAGGUAGCUUCGGCAGGGACUCUCCCAUCACAGACUCUACAGGUCCUUCCUGUUUCCAGUCCUCCGCGGACACCACGCCUUCUUUGUUACCUUUCAUUUUUAAUCACACUUUGAUUUACCGUGUAGAUGUUUCCACCUCCACAUUUUUUAUGUGAUGCUGUUUGGAUUGAAAAAGGGAGCCCUUGGCGGACACACAACACACAACACACACACACACUUCUGUACAUAAACCAAAAUAUAUAUACCUGUCAAAGACUUUCAAAGCCUUUCUAUAUUGCCAAAUGGAGAUCUUGUAGUUACUGUUUGUUGAAUCUUUUGUAUUAUUUGUUUCCUUGAUUUCUUUUUUACUUCUAGAGAAAAUUGCCAAAUGACAUAAUGCCAAUGUUUUUUCUUUGAGUGUUUCAUCACGACUUUGCUCAGUUUGAACAGAAAUUGCUUAAAAGAAUCUUCAGUCAAAGGCCGUAAUCAUUUUUAGAGACAUAUUCGGGGGAAAAAAAAUACAAGUUUAUCCAAAAUGUGUAAAUCUAUGAGAAAUAAUAGAAAUCAGUGGUUGAGCAGGGGCUGGAGAGGAUCUGAUCGUGCAGCACAUUCGUCUGGAACAGUGAAACACCACCGCGUCCUCCAGUCACGUCACCUCACUGCUGCUCACCGACUAAAUCCAGCAGGAUCAACAGCACAUGUAGGUGUUCAGAGCUACAUCCUGGUCACAUCUCCUCACACAGGCUUACCAAAGUAAUUGGAGGUAUUUUGUUCGAGUUUGUCCCACGACGCUCAGGAGUUCACUUUGCAGUUCUCACAGUGGUUUCACCAGUAUGUGGUUUGGAAAAUAAGUACCAGCAUUGGUACUGAAGCUGCUCGUUACCAGUGUUUUGUGCAGUAUUUGGUAUAUCUGAGUUACUUUGAAUCGAUGUUCCAUUAAACCCAUAGCAUUCAAAUACUUGAGAAAUGUGCUUGUAUGCGUCCAGGGUCACAGCUGUCAAGAGUUCCAGAUGAGGCCGAAACCGCUCACACAUCGUACAUAUGAAGCUACAGCCAGACGACUGUUAACGUAGCUUAACAUAAGGCUGCAAGCAGUGGGAAGACGGCUAGCAUGCCUCUGUUUGUAAAAACGACAAGUUGUAGUUGUUGUGUGCUUUAACUGUGUCUUACGUUCAUCCUGAGAGCUUCAGGAGAAGAUAACUGGACUUGUUUUUGGUUUCAUCUCAAGCAAAAGGCUUCCUCGGACUGGCUGGAAGGUAUUUCAUUCUCAAACCCAACUCACAUGGCUCAAGACCCAUUAACAACCCAAAACUCCCAACAAUCCUCGAGCUGUGAUUGGUUGCCUGGACAGUGACUUCAGAACUGAUCAGUGGCGUUGUAGACCCCCUUUCCUGUUUAGAAGUGGCUGUUCCAGUUUAGCAUAGAUGGCUUCCUUAACUUCUCUCUCAAACCAUCUGUCCAGAAUGUGGACGUUACUGUCCUCAAAGAAGAGUCCGUUAUCCUUUAGAUGCAGCUGGAUGGCUGAGUCUUGUCCUGUUUUGAGCCAUGCGCUAAUGGAGCGGUUGUUUGGUUCCCUCUAUAUAUAAGCCUGUGCACUCCCUGCUGCAUUGGACUUUGCUCAGCCAGUGUUUGCAGAAAAUAUUUCAAAGUUUGUCAGACACACCAGCUCCAUAGAGGAUGGUUUGGCGGUAAGAAUGAACCCCUGGGACUCCCCACCAGUCAGAACUGAGGAAUCCUCUUGGUUGGGAGGUGAAACACAUUCACAAACCAAAAACAAUUCCAGUUAUCGUCUACGAGGCACUUAGGAUUACCACGACCUGAUGACUGAGAAUCUACACAGUCCAGUCGGUGAAUUUCCCAACUGCUUCCAGGUUUUAUGCUAAGCUAGCGCUCUCCUUGCUCUCGCUUAAUUCUUUAGGUUCUACCUGAUUGGUAUGAAGCUAAAACUGGUUAGCUUAGUUUAUCCAUCUGCUCAUUGAAACAUCAUCACCAAAUCCAAACAAUUUACUGUGUAAUGAAAAAACGGUCAGUCCAUCAUAUCGGUUGACGGACGCUCAGCACUCAGAGGUGACCACCAAAAAGACUGUGUUGGUCUCACCAAAGCUGCCACAUUCUCAGUGUACUUGUGAACAUGUCGAACAGGAAUCUGUCGCUGUCUGUAUGAAGCCGUCAUGUUGCCAACUCAAGGUGCAAACUGCAUAUCUGUGUGUGCGCACAUAAACAGGUGAAGCUCAUCUAUUUGCCAAGUAGCCUGUAGCUAACUUGAUGAUGUGACUACACACCACUGCCAGCCUACAGCGACAACGACCACCAGAGGGCGCUACACCAAUGCAGGACCACACAGGAUCAACGCUACGGACUAAUGCAAUUCAGAACUGUGCCUUGACUGCGUGUUAUUGAUGCCGUGUCUGUGAGUCCAGAACAGCCUCGCUUGGGAGGCUGCGAUCGUAUGAAUGAAUUUUAAUCCGAGUAUUGCUGUAUGUUGACGGGUUUGCAUGAGGUUUUCUACUUCACCACGGGGACGUCUGCCUGCAGCUACAUUACAGGCAGAGAUACCGCAGGCCUUCAGCACAGUGGGGAUCAGCGAGAUCACCGUCAAUAAUUCAACAGACAAGAUAUUUAGCCGAUUUAUUUAUGCUACUAAAGGGGGAUUUCACCAAGUUUUAUGUCAUUUUGCAAGUCAUGAGGUGAACCAGCUGGACUUUUCUGUUCAGACAUUUCAAAAAAUGACCCUAACGAUGUCCUAGUGAUGACAUCAGGGGGAUCGUGGCUCCAUCUUUGAGCAGAAAAUUAGUGGCAAACAGAGGGCAGUUAAAAAAAAAUUGGGUGCACUAUUGAAGUGCAUUAUGGGAAAUGUAGUAUUUAGUGUCCUGACCCACAGAAAGGAGCAUCGAUCAACGUCUAUGCUUCAGCUUUUUUCAACUUGCUGAAGUCUUUUACAAUUAAACAAGUUAAAAAUGCAAGUUGUCCCUAAUUUGUUGAUUUGGUAUUAAAGCUGGAGUAGGCAGAAACUUGGAAAAGGCGAAAGGAAGGCAAUUCUGUUGCAGCUCUCCCCCCAGACUGUUUCACCUUGGACUGUUCAUACUGCCUCACCUGAUCAAUAAAAAGCCAUAUGAAAGGUUAAAAUUUCCAGUUAUGGGCUUUUUUUAAAAAAACAUGACCAGGAGAAGGAGCAGAAGUCUGGUUUCUUCUUCAGUACUUGAACAUGUGAUACGAUGAAAGGUUAAUGUGGAAUCUUGUGAUGUAAAAAAAACAAAACAAAAAAAAACCUGCUUAAUCCAGUUUUAAUUUAGAUUCCGUUGUAUAUAAAAGUCAUAUAACGUGGGCGGAUUUUUGGUUCCAAACAUUGGGUUUUGUAUUUCUUUGCCUUAAAACGACAAACUGUUGUUUUUCUUUGCUGCCUCAUGAGGAGUGAUCCCCUGCGUUGUAUCCCCACUGUGAGCCAGAGCCUGCAUGCAUGAGGACGAUGGAAAAAAAAAAAAAAACAAUCUUCAGCUUUAACAGACUGUCUUUGUCGUGCAGUGUUGAUCAUCGCAUUGUGAAUCUAUUGAUCGGCCGUGAUCAGUUUGUAGUCAGCAGAUCCCAGACGCAGUUCCCCCCCCUCCUCUCCCUUUUUUUUUUUUAAUUUUAAUUUUUUUUGGGCAGGAGUAGACGACAAACUACGCUGUGAUUUAUGGAACAUGUGGAACUGCUGUUUAGUUUCAUGUGUCGGUACAGUGAUGAUGAUAAUUUAUGGUCGUGGUGCCUGAGAUAGUGACAUGUUUACUUCUUGAAGAAAAGAAAAAAAAACAACAACAAAAAGUAGAAGACUAGUGAAAAGACCUUAAUAUAUUCUGUCCCCCCUUGCCUUUACUUUCCCUGCACAGCUGUGCAAACCAAACUAUUCAACACUGGCAAGGCUGUUAAAUGAUGUCUGUUGAUAGUCGGUGGUAUAUACAUUGUUAUCUAUGUUGAAAAGAAAGAAAACAUAAUAUACUGUAAAGAGGAUGCCUGAAUGAAAACAUGAUCUUACUAUUGAAAUGAAAAGAAACAGUAUUGUAUGAACAGAAGUACAAUUUUUACUUAUUUUUGUCAUUUUAGAAAUUUUAUUGUCAGUCAGUUACAUUUCAAACUGUAUGGUAGUGAUGUAUCGAGCUACCUUGUUUUAAUUUGUUUUAUUCUUUUUACUGGUACAGCAGAACACACACACACACACACAACACACACACACACACACACACCAAGAAUAACUCACCUAGCACUCAUGAGACUGUACUUUUGCUUUUUUCUA